AAAAAAUGGACCCAAAAUAAAGAAAGGAUCGUUCUACAUCAAGAGAUAAAAAGAAAACAAAUAAGAAAUAAACAUAAUAUAGUUAUGGAUAAUUGAAGUAUAUAUAUAAUUAUAUAUAAGAUUUGGUGAAGUACAGAGUAAAUCAAAAAAAAUAUCAUUAAAAACAUUCUUUGGAAAUCCUGAAUUUGAAAUCUUUUGUUUAAGAUUUGACUAUGAAGAUUAAUUGAUAGCAGCUGGAUGUUCAGAUGGGACAGUAAAGGUUUUUAACAUAGUAUCUGGUAAAAUGAAAGCAGAAAUAUAUAAGGGAAAUUGGCAUUUAAUUUAUAAGGAUCAUCAGAAGGAUCAAGUCCUACAACUGCAAUUAGAUGGAGAAGAGAUGUAGCUAACAAAGCCAAAAAUGUGUUUUUAUCUGCUAAUUCUGAUGGAUCUCUUAUGAUGUGGCAAGCUUAAACAGGCAAACAAUUAUUUAGGACUGUAGAAUAAGGAAAUUAAUUAUUGGCAUUAGAUAUAAGAUCAGAUGGUGAUUAAUUUGCGACUGCUGGAAAAGACUUUAAAGUUAAAUAUAUACAAAAAUUAUUAGAUACGUGUUUAUGAUGAUGAAAAGAAAGAAGUUAUACACACAUUUGAUAAAGCUGAUUAGUUAAAUUAUGAAAUUAAUAUUUUAGCAAUUAACCAGGUCAUCAAAAUAGAAUAUUUGCACUUAAAUAUUUAGAAGAAACCCCAAAUAUACUUCUCUCUGCUGGAUGGGAUGGUAAUUUACUUAUCUGGGACUUAAGAGAUCAUAAAUCUAUUGGAACUAUCUAUGGUCCUAAUCUUUCUGGCGAUAGUUUAGAUUUUAGGUUAUAUAUUAUUAUUAUACUAAUUAGAAAUGGUUAAAUCUUAACCGGAUCUUAUAGAACUAGUAAUUAAAUGUAAUUAUGGGAUUUUGGAACCAGAUAACUCAUUUAAGAGAUACAAUGGGAUAAAAACAUUAAUAAUAGUGAUUUCUAUGUUUAUUCUUGUUAAUUUAGUAAAAUUAAUGGAGACACCAUAUUGGCUGGAAGUAGUGGAAGAUAAGAACUCAAAUUAUUUGAUGUUAAUAGUAAUUAUUAAACAUGUGGUUACAUAUAAGAUUUAUAAGAAGGUUUAAAUUAUUUAUUUAUUUUAGGUGUCUAUUGUGUUGAUUAUGGAAAUAAAAGUAAUAAAUUUGCUUUUGGAGGAGGAGAAGGAGUAGUCUAUAUCUGUUCAUUGACGAAUUCAAAGUGAUCAAUUAUUAAUAAUAUAUUUU